AUUUUAAAGUCACAGGUGUGAAAGGUUGACCUCCCUGGGCUCUCAACAGCCCACCUUAAAAAAUUUUUUUGCAGGGGUGUAUGUGGAAUUGCCACCAAAAGCUCCUAAGAGGCACGGAAGCCACUUUUGAAGGCUGAUUUAAGAUUUGGAGAGGCCUUUAAAAACAGACAGCAGAAAGUGAACUGGAAGUUGCAAAAUUUCUGUGCCCCCCUUCCCCCCUGGCAAGAUUUCUCCCCAAGGCCCCCUAUGGGCACUCAGUGUGUGCCCUAACCACUGGCAUUUGCCCACUACUGACCUAAGUAGAAAAAAAAUGUCGUAAUUAUCUGAAGAGUUGUCACAAGCAACAGGGGGAGCAAUUUGUAUUGAAGCAGGACUGGAUCUGUUGGGCUUAUGUUACAGGAGGAAGGUAGCUUUCUUAAGAACAUUAGGAGAAACUCCAUGAUGGUGAGGAGGGAGCUUGGAUAAGUGACUUGUUUGGAUGACAGUUACCCAGAAUCUCAUGGGCUAUGCUGGCUGCAGGAUUCUGCGAGGCUGCUGUACAAAAAGUAAAUUUUCCAAGCUCUGAAUAAGAGCAGUGUGACUAGGAGCAAAUACUUGGGUUGGUGGGCUCUCCCUCAGUUGUUGUUGUCGUUGUCUGUCUUUAAGUCAAUUUUGACUUAUGGCAUCCCAAAGGCGUAGAACCUAUCACACCUGGCAAAAUUUGUUCAGAGGGGGUUUGCUUUUGCCUUCCUCUGAUGCUGAGAGAAUGUGACUUGCCCAAGGUCAUCCAAUGGGUUUUUACAUGACCAAGAUGGAAUUAAAACCCUGAUCCCCAGAGUUGUAGUCCACUGGUCAAAUCAUGCUGGUUCUGUCUAGGUCUUCAAAUGGAAUUUGAACAUCCAACUUUUUGCAUACUCUAAAAUUGUAUGUUUUUCACAAGCAGAGGAUUGUACUAGACAGCCUGCAAGUAGCAUGGGGAAAGAACUGUGCUAGAACACAUCUCCUUGAUGUGCUAGCAGAAAGCACAAAUUUGUCAAGCCUCUGUGCUUUGAUAUAAGAAGCAUGCUUUCAUUCGGCAGUGGAGCUGCACUAUUUUCUGCCUGCAUCAGUAAGAAAUCUACAUUUAACAUACAUAUAAUCCCACCCCAGCACUUCUUUUUCUCAUUGGUUAAAAUUUGACAGGGUCCACAGUGGAUGGGGAGGUGUACAGCUUGCCAGGCAUAAAACAAAGAAUGGAAUGUGGCUUCACAAGUUCUGGCUGACACCUUGCUUUUUCCCAUGUUUGAAACUGGUUGCACUAAGUGCAGGGUUGUUGUUUUUUCCUAUGUUAAUUGGUAAUCAGCUGUUUCAUAUGUAGAUAAUCAAAGGGAGUAGCAGAUAUGAAGUCAUGGUAAGUGAGAGGUGUCUGUGCAUCUUAAUGCAAACUUUCCUAGUUCAGACUUUUGGAAACAAUGCAGGAAAUGAAACCCAGUUAUUUGCAGUUUUCUGAAGUUUGUACUCCAACUUGUUUUUUUUUUAAUGCAAUGUUAUGAGGGUAUUAAUGAAAGUAGCAUACAAAGGCUCACUAUAUUAGGGAUAUUUUCUUGUAUUAGAAUUAGAUAAAGGAUUUGAAGGCACACAAUGACAAAAAGAUAAAAAUGUAUACACAAAUGCAUAUCUUAGGAGAAAUAUGUGUGAAAUCUGUAUGCAUUUGUUAGAGAUUUUAAAAGUUCAGAAACCCUAUGAGGAAAACAGGCUGGAACAGAUUUAAAGAUGAACAAUGUGAAAAUGAAAUUAAAAGACUUGUCCAUGGUUUCCAGUGCUUCUGGUAGGAUAACAUAUUCAUUCUUAAGUUAUGCUAGAUAUUCCAGUAAUAUUUAUUGCCAACGAUGGCCAGACACCUGAAACCCACCUUAAAACUGAGUCAGCCGUUCCAAGCAAUGGAGGUCUAUAGGGUACUGUAGAGUAGCAUGGCCAUCCCCCUACCACCAGUCAGCAACACUAUGAUGAAGAGUUGCAACAGGUCUCUGCAGGAUCCCUGCUUCUUUUUCUCUCAGCAUCGCUUGCUGGCAGGAGUGAGUGGUUUGAGGAUCCUGCAGCAUCACAGCCCUCCAUGCUCCAAAUGGCCGAUUGGCUUUGAAGGAUCUGAGAGAACACCUCUAAGAAUCUCUAGGUACCUAGCAUAACUAUGGUCAACCUCUGCCAAACGUUGACCAUAAAAUCACACUGGAGGACCUAUAAAUGCCUAAAUCUCUAGGUCAUCCAGCACAACCUUAUGGCCAACUUGUGGCAGAGAAACACUAGAGGACCUAGAGAUUUCUAGAGAGAGCACAUUAGUCAAAGCUGCAAAUGUGGAGGGUAAACUUUACUUCGGAGCAUUGUCACUAUAAUCCAGAAAUGGAGAAUGGGGCCUUCCUGGGGAUGUUGAACUGGAGCUCCCUGAAUCCCUUGCUAUAAACACUGUUUGGCUAGGACUGAUGAAAGUUGCAAUCCAACAACAUCUGGUGAGAUACAUGUUCCCUACACCUGGUCUAAUCCUUAUACAGUAUUUAGAUCAGCACUACCAUCCAUAUAUAAACUGGCCUAUUCUUUAAGACUAUCUGGAGAUACCUUUGCUUUUGGGCAAGUAGCAGUUGAAGGUUGGAACCCUUAGCAGUGUCAUCCUGGUUCUAGAAACCCUUUUCUGUGUCUGUGUACUUGGCACAUACUUUUAUGAUUGUUAAAAACUAGUGCAUUUUAUAUAUUCCUGAACAGCCCUGUUAAAUUGUUUGCUGCUUUAUAUUUGUUGCAAAGCAGUUUGUUGGUAUGCAAAGCAAGGGAUAUAUAAACUCCUUUAAAUUCCCAUGCUUAAUUAACUUUUUUGUUUUUCUGAAAGAUCUGUGUUGUGCAAUUCCUUUUAAUAUGUGCUACAGUGUAAUAAUGUCCAUUGUUGUGUAAUGUUGACAGGCCCUUCGAAUUCAACAAGCAAUGCUACCUCCAGUACAACUCCAGCUGCAGCAAACACCACAGCUGCCCCUUCUGUGAUUUCUGCUACCACAGCCAAAAACACAACUGCUCCCAAACCCACUGUGGCCUCCAAACCCACAUCUCCUUCCAAAGAGGUCACUACUGAAGCUGUAAAACCCACACCAGCAAAAUUUAAUGUGACAGUCACAACUCCCAAACCAGUGUUGCCUUCUGUGUCUGUGACGGCUACUCCAAAAGCUGCUGCAGCUCAAGCAUCAUCAUCAGGAUUCAGUGCUGCCAGCUUUAUAGGUGGCAUUGUGUUGACAUUAGGACUAAUAGCGAUUGGCUACGUUGGAUGCAAAACCUACCACACAAAGAGGGGUGUUCAGUACCGAACCAUUGAUGAACAUGAUGCCAUCAUUUAAAGACAAAAAGUGAACCCCCACACAAUUUCGCUGGUUUUAGAAACAUUUUACCCUCCAAAAAAAGCCUUCAUGACAAAAGUCUUCAUGAAAAAAUUGGUCACAGCUUACACAGGGUGUCUCAUUCCUUUCUUGACAUGCACCUCCCUGCAAGAUUGUGAGGAACUCCAUAAGCACACUGAAUAAUUCAAAAUGUUUCAGAUGAAGAGCUGUAAGGAAUCUAUACAACUGGUGCCUUUUUAAAUGACCACUUUUUAUCUUUUAUGGAAGAGCUUAAUUAAUCAUUGCUGCCACUUAGUUGUUACGCACAGAGGAUCAGAGACAUCGCCUCCAUGAUGAAACACAGCCUGUGGUAUCAGUGUUGUGUCAACACGCUCACCUUUUGCCACUCUGUAAGCUGCAUGUCUUUUUUUGUAGAAUAGAUGAAUCAAACCAUUCUGGACAAAAUAACAGUUUCCUUUCCAAGGUAAGCAGGUAGACCAAAAGCAACAUUCUCAGAUUGUUUGUAUUAGUUUUGUAGAUUAAGAGGAAAUAUUUUUUGUGGAUUGAGGGGAAAUAUUUUUUGUUAAUAAUCUGGGGAAUUUAAAACAUUGUGUGUGUUUUGUUGAAAGUUUAAGAAAAUAUUUGUCUACUUUAUGAUGCCAAGAAAUGAGUUGCAAGACAUGGUGUUUGUGUUGUACUUAGGGUUGCCUUGGAUGAAGGGAUAGCUUUUGUUUUAUCAUUGGGCUGCUUUUGAAAGCAGUCAUCUUUGUGUACCAAUCCUGGCUGUAUUUAAGGUGUAUGUUGAGAUUUGGGACAUGAAUAACUUUGUUCUUGUCAUAAAGGUAGACACACACAGGUGUUAUGUUCUAAGAUAAGAAUUAACACAAUCUUGGAAAAGUUGUGUAAUAUAUAUUCAGCUUAUAUUCACCAUAACAGAAAUGAAGCCCAAAGGAGAUCAUACUUAUUGGGUCUUAUGCCCAAAUAUUGCCUAGUUUCAACUAGGCACUUCUGUGAUUAUUCUGCCACAUACUGUGCAUUCACACAGGCACAUAGCAAUUAUAUAUAUCACUGGUCUCCAUUCAGGUAUAUGUAAAGUACAAAAGGCAAUUGAGGUGAAUCAAUUUCCACUGAGGAUUUUAAACUUGAAUAUAUAUUUAGGCUGGGGAUAGGUGACAGUUUUGAAAAACAGUGUACGCAGGAUAACGUCUGCCACUUUUAUCUCCAUAUUCUUUUGAAUGCCAACCAUUGACCAGAAGAUGUAAAGGUAACCAGAGCUUUGGGGUGUGUGUGUGUGUGUGUGUGUGGAAUUUCUGUUGCCCCCGUCCUAAAGUUCUGAAUGGAAUGCAUAUCAAAAUGUGUGUAACUAUGGAGAGCUUUGAAAAAUUCUUUGUUUUGGAUCCUGUCUUCCAGAAUCCUCCAGUCAUCAUGGCAAUAAGGAGGGAUUCUGAGUUGUUCAAAACAACUAACUUUUCAUUGCUUUGGUGGUCUCCAGACUAGGGUGCUUUGAGAUGAGGUUGUCAUUAUUUGCUGUCUUCUCAGUUGAAACUCAAAACAAGUACAUUGCUUAGAAAAAUUUCCACGCGACAGACUAAAAUAGGUUUAAAAACAUUCCCUUUCUGCUGGAAACUUUUGUUAAUUGCAUUUAAUUGGACAGAGGUUGUAAUUUUCAGCACUCCAACAUACUGCAGUUUCCUGUAUUUUGGAAAGGAAACAGUCUCACUUGAAAGGGUUAUAAAGCUGAUGCCAGUUUGUUAUGUAGAUGUUUGUUUUUCUGGGGUGUUUUGUGACAGUUCCCCUUUUCUCAAGGGUAUGCGAUUGUGAUUCUUGUAAAAAUGAUUGUUCAUUUAGCGAGAAGAUUGAGACUUGGAAUUUCUGCUACUUUUUCAUCAUUUUUUUUUCUUCAAAAGGACAAGGAUGACAACUAUUUUAAGAUAAAAAUUUUAAUGGUAUUGUAACGCAUACCUUCUUUUGCACAAGUUCGCCAAACUGUAAACUUAAAAAUUCAGUAAAAAGAAAAAGGCUUUUGUGCAGCAGCCAUAAUUUUGUCAGUAGGAAAUAUUUGAGUUUGAUAAGACUUCUUGAGGUGUGUGUGUGUUAUUGACCUACAAUACAUAUUUAAUUUUAGCUCAUCUUUCUCAUAUCUUUUACAGAAAUAAAAGUUAAUGAAAAUGUAAUGUUGGUUUCUCAAGGUUAACUGUCUUUACAAAUGUUGGAAUAGUAUUCACAGGUCAGAGGGGAUAGAGUUGUAUAUUGUUCUCAAAUAUGUAACCUUUGUCAUAUAUUGACCUUCCUGAUUUUGUUGGUCUCCAAUUCCCAUCAGCCCUCAUCCAGUUAGUGGAAAGAAAUGAUGUGAUGUAUAGUCCAAACAUGGCCUGAGUGCUAGUUUCCCCAGCCCUGAUCCAGUUCAAAACCUGAUUAAUGGUUGACAGUAUAAAAUCACUGUGACAAUA